AUGAUGACGUAGAACACAAGCGUCAGCUCCAGCUUUUUCCUAUGCUCUACUUCAAAGCCAUGCGCAAGUAGACAAAUUUGACAAGAUAUAAGUAAGUAACGACGUUAAAAUGUAACACAAUUGUGCUUGUUAUAGCUAGUAGUUACAAUGUAAAUAUGUUCCAAUCCCAAAUAGGCUCCUGUAUUGAUCCGUUAUUAAUGUUUUUAGUUAACUCGACUGCAUACCCAACGACCUUUCAUACAUAUAACGUUAGCUAAAUGCCACCACUGUUUAGCUAGCUAGCUAGCUUUAGAUAAAUAUCGUCAAAGAAUAUGGAGGAAUUGCUAUCAUAUUAGCUAGCUUGCUUUCGUUUAACACUGUGUAACAUGCAUGAUUGAUAUUGAUAUUAUCGAUAUAUAGCCAACUGAAGUAGCCAAAUAGGGCCCUUUGGCGAGUAGAAAGGUGGUAUGCCCUUUAAUGAAAGGGAAGUAUUCUAACUGGACUUUUGUGUUCUUUUUUGUUGUUGUUGUGAAUUUAAAGUAUUCAGUCCGGUGUAACAGUGCAUCCUUUUUACAAUCAGAAUUUAAACUGUUAAAACAUAGACCAGCAAUAUUCAGAGGUGUCAUACAACGUGGGCAUGCCAGCUGGCCCCUUGCUGUUUAUGAAAUAUCACAGAGAUACAAUACCUCACUGAACACCUGUGCUACAGUUUUUCUGCUUCACUUCACGUGUAAAGACAACCAUCAUCCCCCCUCUAUCCCUUCCACUGGACUCAGACGCCGCCCAAUGGUUACAUCUAUGAUAAACACUGAGGCUCAGUGGUGACACAAAAGAGUCAUGUUUUUCAUUUUUUUUUAAAAUCUUCCUAUAGCGUAAGUACUAGCCGUGUCUUUCAGGGAGCCAGCCGGCUGCUGGCUUUAUGAAGGGAGUGAUACAAUCACAGUCAACCUGGGUUUGUUUAGAGAAUAAAGCAUGUGUAUGGUCUCUGCCUUCUGGUCCUGAUAUUAUUGAUACAGUAGAGAGCUACAGACUGUAUACACCACUGAUGUUUCAGGUGAGGCUGUGCUGGAUCCCCCUGCCUGCUUAAUGUGCAGUCUCUAUACACACACAAAGCAAGGUGGUAUUAUGACUAGAAGCCAAGCCCCUCACCCAGAUGUAGGGUGUGUCCCAAAUGGCACCCUAUUCCUUAUAUAGUGCACUGCUUUUAACCAUGGCUCAUAGGACUCUGGUCAAAAGUAGUGCACUAUGUAGGAAAUGGGGGCCGUUUGGGACGCAAACGUACUUUUGAGGUGAUUUACGAGGGUGACGUUGACAGUGUGUAUCCACCUGCGUGAUAGUGUAGUGCCCGAUUUCUCUUAACGGUGUGUACAUCACACACAAUGGAGGAAGUCAUCCAGGGUAUGAUACACGGCUGGUUGUUCACACCCGUUGCAAAUGAAAGGCUUGGUUCAGCAAGGCCCUCAUGGAUGAGGGGAGUUUGAGGGAGUUUUGGUGGGUGGAUGCUGGGCUCUUCUGUUCUGCACCCUGGAAUGGAGAUCCCCUGCUUCAGGAAAAAAGCCCUUGGGGGAUAAUGUUGUGAUUUUUUUAUUUUUUUAUUUUACCUUUAUUUAACCAGGUAAGCCAGUUGAGAACAAGUUCUCAUUUACAACUGCGACCUGGCCAAGAUAAAGCAAAGCAGUGCGAUAAAAACAACAACACAGAGUUAAAUAUGGGGUAAAAAAACAAAGUCAAAAAAAUACAACAGAAAAUAUAUAUACAGUGUGUGCAAAUGUAGCAAGUUAUGGAGGUAAGGCAAUAAAUAGGCCAUAUUGCAAAAUAAUUACAAUUAGUAUUAACACUGGAAUGCUAGAUGUGCAAGAGAUUAUGUGCAAAUAGAGAUACUGGGGUGCAAAAGAGCAAAAAUAAAUAACAAUAUAGGGAUGAGGUAGUUGGGUGGGCUAAUUUCAGAUGGGCUGUGUACAGGUGCAGUGAUCGGUAAGGUGCUCUGACAACUGAUGCUUAAAGUUAGUGAGGGAGAUAAGUGUCUCCAGCUUCAGAGAUUUUUGCAAUUCGUUCCAGUCAUUGGCAGCAGAGAACUGGAAGGAAUGGCGGCCAAAGGAGGUGUUGGCUUUGGGGAUGACCAGUGAGAUAUACCUGCUGGAGCGCAGACUACGGGUGGGUGCUGCUAUGGUGACCAAUGAGCUAAGAUAAGGCGGGGAUUUGCCUAGCAGUGAUUUAUAGAUGGCCUGGAGCCAGUGGGUUUGACAACGAACAUGUAGUGAGGACCAGCCAACAAGAGCGUACAGGUCACAGUGGUGGGUAGUGUAUGGGGCUUUGGAGACAAAACGGAUGGCACUGUGAUAGACUACAUCCAAUUUGCUGAGUAGAGUGUUGGAGGCUAUUUUGUAAAUUACAUCGCCGAAGUCAAGGAUCGGUAGGAUAGUCAGUUUUACGAGGGCAUGUUUGGCAGCAUGAGUGAAGGAGGCUUUGUUGCGAAAUAGGAAGCCGAUUCUAGAUUUAACUUUGGAUUGGAGAUUCUUAAUGUGAGUCUGGAAGGAGAGUUUACAGUCUAACCAGACACCUAGGUAUUUGUAGUUGUCCACAUACUCUAGGUCAGACCCGUCGAGAGUAGUGAUUCUAGUCGGGUGGGCGGGUGCAAGCAGCGUUCGGUUGAAGAGCAUGCAUUUAGUUUUACUAGUGUUUAAGAGCAGUUGGAGGCUACUGAAGGAGUGUUGUAUGGCAUUGAAGCUCGUUUGGAGGGUUGUUAACACAGUGUCCAUUGAAGGGCCAGAUGUAUACAAAAUGGUGUCGUCUGCGUAGAGGUGGAUCUGAGAGUCACCAGCAGCAAGAGCGACAUCAAAGAGUUGUAAGUGCUCCCAUUUAUUUUCAGAACUAUAUAUGUUUUUUGUUGUUGUUGUGAAAGAUAGCGACUCUCUGUUUGGGCUGAUAUGUGACCCACUAGCACCUCCCCCGGUCAGAGAGGAAUAAGGCUACCUCAAAGUUACACACAAGGAUACUGUAUUGACAUACACACGGAUGACAUGGAAUGGUAGUGUUUUUUGUGCAUGCACACCAUCCAAGUCCAGAGAUAUGAGUCCAGCUGCUGUUGUGCAGGACAGAAAUGAGCUUGCUGCUCUCUCUGUGACUGCUUGAAGGAGACCGAGAGGGGGAAGCAGGAAUUGGGGAUCUGGGACCCAAGAUGACUGCCUAUGAUUGGCUGACCCCUCGGUGUGAUAAGGCAACCAUGACCCCUAGCGACCAAUCGGUUUGGCUAUGGCCAGAGGUGUGAAGGGCCAGUUUACGACCCAUAGCCUAGCCUGCUAGGCUCCAGAGGGGGAGGGGAGCCUACUGCAGGAGUUAGAAAAGUUGCAGAGUUUGUGUCCCUGAGAGAGAGGUUUCUUUGAUGCAUAGCCUAUAGAUCAUUGCCUACACAACACUGCCCCCAUGGCUACGCAAGGAAUUAUACGGCGCGUUGCACUUUUAAUGUGGCACAGCAGUACGUAGAUUGUUGGAGUGCUGUACAAGGAGCCGGCCCUUUUGUGAUGAAAAACGACAUUGCGACACCGCGCUACGCUUCGUAGGGUCCGUCUCCGUAGGGUAUAAAUAGCCCUUAAGAUCACUGGCAGGGAAUUCGUAACAGAUUGAUGUGACUGUAUAGAGCCCUGCAGUGGAGGUGUCAUAAUACCCAUAAAACCUAGUAGUCAAACAGGGAAAUGGUUCCAAUAAUUUUCCCACCAUUCAUUUUACCCAUAGGGAAUGUUAGAAACACUUAAAAUAAGGGCUGUGUUUGUAUAGGCUUACCCUGCCGUGCCAUUUUGAUAACAAUGUAAAUCUCUCUGACUUUUAUCAAUAUAUUCAGCUCUAUUUACGCUCAGAUUCGAAAAUGCUAAUUAGCAUAAAAGUAGACAUUAUGCAAGACUACAAAUCCCUGCAAGAUUCUGCACUUCAUCUCUAGCUGAUACCUAUGCUAACAGGUAUUGUGUCAAUUUAGAACUUGCACAAGACAGUUCACAGAAUGUUGCCAAUUUAUUAAUUACUAAAUUUAGCUAACGUUAGAUCGUUAAUCCAGAGAUUCUUACCUUUGCCUCGAUUCGGCAGUCUCCUCCAGAUCAUCAUGGCAUUUGUAGUUCUUUAUGAUAGCCACAUUAGCAGCUAAGUAGCAUUUCAUUUUUGGGUGCCAAAUACUGGUGAAUAUAUUGAUAAAAGUCAUCUUGUCCUAGAAAGAUUUGCACAGUUAUCAAAACGUCACGCCAGGGUAAGAAACAUAGCCCUUAUUUUAAGUGUUUCUAAAAUCCCCUAUGUGAAAAAUGAAUAGUUGAAAAACGAUUGGAACCAUUUCCUUGUUUGACCGCUAGGUUUUAUGGGUAUUAUGACUCACACUGUGGUACUCUGUUGUAAUUGAAGCAGCAACAUACAGCCUGUACAUAGACAUAUGUAUCGUCCCCUGCUGGUUAGUAUUACAGAUGAUACUACUGAUGCUGGCCAUCCAUGGCACAGUACUUCUAUAGUAUCGCUUUACUAUGAAAGGAGAAUUGUAACCAGAUAGAUCUACAAACUGAUAUGUGAUCACUUCACUGCUUUAGUGUUUUUAUUAGCUUGACAGUUAUGUUUUAUCAUCAGACAGUAAACAUGUCUUGUCCAUUCAUCUUUGAUGUUUCUCUUUUAUUUCUCCAUGUAACUGUCCGACAGCAAUGACACUGAGUCUGCUGGGCCUAAUGCGGCCGGCGUUGUGCCGAUCCCUCGUCGCCCUGGUCCCCAUGGUGAGGUCUCCUCAGCUGGCAGUCAUCUCCAGGGUCCAACAGCUGCUCCCAAAUACCUGUCAUGGAAACAUGGUCCCCCCUGCCGCCUCCUGCGUUCGCCUAUAUGCCACCAAGAAGAGUAAAGGUGAGUGGAGGGCCGCUUGCCUCAGCAGCUUUUUAUUUUAGCUGAUGGAUUUAGUCUAGUAGUGCUACCCUCAAAGGAAAUAUAGUGGGAGGAAUCAAGACCGACUGAAGUGGUCCGAACAUUCAAGAGCUUUCUUUUUGAGGAUGUUGAAAAGCCCACUUCACUGUGUUUUCUUGUCUUGGUUUUAUUUGUAAUAACAAUGAUUGACUAGAAGAGACUACCAGCAUGCAGGCCUCCCUCCUCUCCUCAUCUCCCCUCCAUUCUCUCCGUCUGUUCUUUCCCUUUUGAAGUCUUUCUUGUACUGAAGACCGCCUGCUUUUAUGUUUUCCCUCAGCGAAGGCAGCGAAGGGCCAGGCUUCCAAAGUGAACAUCAACUCCUCGCUGGUGGAGGACAUCAUCAGUCUGGAGGAAGUGAAGGAGGAUAUGGCCGCCGUCCUCACCACCCUGAAGGACGACUUCAGCCGCAACCUGAGCAUCAGAACCUCUCCAGGUGUGUAGGGGCUGUAGACUGUGAGGUAGGGGCUCUUACUCUCACCAACCCUGUUUCCAUGGAGAGGAUAGUCUCUCAUCACCGACUGUUCAGUGCACUCGGUUCUGAGAUUAUGAAGAGGAGACAUUUCAGUUCUGUCAGUACCACUGGCACUGUCUGAUCUUUCAACAAGGGAUGCAUAGAUCUGAAGGCCUGAAGUUUAAGCGUUGUCCAUCUUUGUAAGCAUUAAAAUACCAAAGUCCACUGUUGGUUUUCACUAUUGAUUAUUGGUCAAAAGAUGAGAAAAAGUGCAUCUCAUCUGUUUACUUUCUCCCUGACAAAUGGCCUGAGGGGUGAGAGUGAUCCCUGCCCUUUACCUUGACCCCUGUUGACCCUGUUUCCUGAACUACAUCCAGGUCAAAGCCCCCCCCCCCCCCCCCCUCGGGGCAGACCAACCCUGAGGGAGGGCCCCAGGGGGAGGAAGCUGUAAUACCAGGAUUUAUACUCAGAUUAAAUACCCCUCCCAGACCCCCACUCCCCUCUUCCUCCCCCCUCACCUUCUCCAUCCCUCCCUCCCUCCUUACCUUCUCCCUCCAUUCCCCGUCCUUACCCUCUCCCCCUCCUCUCCCCCUUUGCCCCUCUGUCCAGAUGCACAGUAAUUUGUGUAAGCAGCAGGAUUUAGAGCUGACAGGGAAUCUGACUGGAGAGAUGCUGGAAUGGAGGGAAUCAUGACAUCAUUUUAUUCCUGUGUGUGUUCGAUAAUAGUCUCAUCUGGGUCUCAUUUUGUGGUGUGUUUGUUGUAAAGGAAAGUCAGCUUUGCUGAAGGAAGGGCUGUUGUAGUGGGCGGGUUAAUGCGGUGAACCGGUGUCUGGGCACUCACCGACACACACACACACACAGACUGACAGACGGACAGACAGAGUGGAGGUAUUGCAACCUGUCACUCUCAGUUCCUCUGCUUGAAGAAGACUAACCUCUAUUUCCAUGGGAACGCUGGAAAGGCUAUCCAGUCCUCCCUGGACAGCUCUGUGUAUUGUAUACUGGCUCAGAUUAAUACACUGUGAAAUGAGAGCAUUUCCUCAACCCAUACAGUGGGGAAAAAAAGUAUUUAGUCAGCCACCAAUUGUGCAAGUUCUCCCACUUAAAAAGAUGAGAGAGGCCUGUAAUUUUCAUCAUAGGUACACGUCAACUAUGACAGACAAAAUUUGGGGGAAAAAUCCAGAAAAUCACAUUGUAGGAUUUUUUAUGAAUUUAUUUGCAAAUUAUGGUGGAAAAUAAGUAUUUGGUCAAUAACAAAAGUUUCUCAAUACUUUGUUAUAUACCCUUUGUUGGCAAUGACACAGGUCAAACGUUUUCUGUAAGUCUUCACAAGGUUUUCACACACUGUUGCUGGUAUUUUGGCCCAUUCCUCCAUGCAGAUCUCCUCUAGAGCAGUGAUGUUUUGGGGCUGUCGUUGGGCAACACGGACUUUCAACUCCCUCCAAAGAUUUUCUAUGGAGUUGAGAUCUGGAGACUGGCUAGGCCACUCCAGGACCUUGAAAUGCUUCUUACGAAGCCACGCCUUCGUUGCCCGGGCGGUGUGUUUGGGAUCAUUGUCAUGCUGAAAGACCCAGCCACGUUUCAUCUUCAAUGCCCUUGCUGAUGGAAGGAGGUUUUCACUCAAAAUCUCACGAUACAUGGCCCCAUUCAUUCUUUCCUUUAGACGGAUCAGUCGUCCUGGUCCCUUUGCAGAAAAACAGCCCCAAAGCAUGAUGUUUCCAGCCCCAUGCUUCACAGUAGGUAUGGUGUUCUUUGGAUGCAACUCAGCAUUCUUUGUCCUCCAAACACGACGAGUUGAGUUUUUACCAAAAAGUUCUAUUUUGGUUUCAUCUGACCAUAUGACAUUCUCCCAAUCCUCUUCUGGAUCAUCCAAAUGCACUCUAGCAAACUUCAGACGGGCCUGGACAUGUACUGGCUUAAGCAGGGGUACACGUCUGGCACUGCAGGAUUUGAGUCCCUGGCGGCGUAGUGUGUUACUGAUGGUAGGCUUUGUUACUUUGGUCCCAGCUCUCUGCAGGUCAUUCACUAGGUCCCCCCGUGUGGUUCUGGGAUUUUUGCUCACCGUUCUUGUGAUCAUUUUGACCCCACGGGGUGAGAUCUUGCGUGGAGCCCCAGAUCGAGGGAGAUUAUCAGUGGUCUUGUAUGUCUUCCAUUUCCUAAUAAUUGCUCCCACAGUUGAUUUCUUCAAACCAAGCUGCUUACCUAUUGCAGAUUCAGUCUUCCCAGCCUGGUGCAGGUCUACAAUUUUGUUUCUGGUGUCCUUUGACAGCUCUUUGGUCUUGGCCAUAGUGGAGUUUGGAGUGUGACUGUUUGAGGUUGUGGACAGGUGUCUUUUAUACUGAUAACAAGUUCAAACAGGUGCCAUUAAUACAGGUAACGAGUGGAGGACAGAGGAGCCUCUUAAAGAAGAAGUUACAGGUCUUGCUUGUUUGUAGGUGACCAAAUACUUAUUUUCCACCAUAAUUUGCAAAUAAAUUCAUUUAAAAUCCUACAAUGUGAUAUUCUGGAUUUUCUUUUCUCAUUUUGUCUGUCAUAGUUGACGUGUACCUAUGAUGAAAAUUACAGGCCUCUCUCAGCUUUUUAAGUGGGAGAACUUGCACAAUUGGUGGCUGACUAAAUAAUUUUUUCCCCCACUGUAUAUGUAACAGAUCAGGAUGCCAGUCGCCCUCAACCCACACACGUAUACAGUUGAAGUCGGAAGUUUACAUACACCUUAGCCAAAUACAUUUAAACUCAGUUUUUCACAAUUCCUGACAUUUAAUCCUAGUAAAAAUUCACUGUCUUCAGUCAGUUAGAAUCACCACUUUAUUUUAAGAAUGUGAAAUGUCAGAAUAAUAGUAGAGAGAAUGAUUUAUUUCAGUUUUUAUUUAUUUUAUCACAUUCCCAGUGGGUCAGAAGUUUACAUACACUCAAUUAGUAUUUGGUAGUAUUGCCUUUAAAUUGUUUAACUUGGGGUCAAACUUUUCGGGUAGCCUUCCACAAGCUUCCCACAAUAAAUUGGGUGAUUUUUGGCCCAUUCCUCCUGACAGAGCUGGUGUAACUGAGUCAGGUUUGUAGGCCUCCUUGCUUGCACACGCUUUUUCAGUUGUGCCCUCACAUUUUCUAUAGGAUUGAGGUCAGGGCUUUGUGAUGGCCACUCCAAUACCUUGACUUUGUUGUCCUUAAGACAUUUUGCCACAACUUUGGAAGUGUUCUUGGGGUCAUUGUCCAUUUGGAAGACCCAUUUGCAACCAAGCUUUAACUUCCUGACUGAUGUCUUGAGAUGUUGCUUCAAUAUAUCCACAUAAUUUUCCUUCCUCAUGAUGCCAUCUAUUUUGUGAAGUGCACCAGUCCCUCCUGCAGCAAAGCACCCCCACAGCAUGAUGCUGCCACCCCCGUGCUUCACUGUUGGGAUGGUGUUUUUCGGCUUGCAAGUCCCCCCUUUUUCCUCCAAACAUAAAGAUGGUCAUUAUGGCCAAACAGUUCUAUUUUUGUUUCAUCAGACCGGAGGACAUUUCUCCAAAAAGUAUGAUCUUUGUCCACAUGUGCAGUUGUAAACCGUAGUCUGUCUUUUUUAUGGCGGUUUUGGAGCAGUGGCUUCUUCCUUGCUGAGCGGCCUUUCAGGUUAUGUCGAUAUAGGACUAGUUUUACUGUGGAUAUAGAUACUUUUGUACCUGUUUCCUCCAGCAUCUUCACAAGGACCUUUGCUGUUGUUCUGGGAUUGAUUUGCGCUUUUUGCACCAAAGUACGUUCAUCUCUAGGAGACAGAACGCGUCUCCUUCCUGAGCGGUAUGACAGCUGCGUGGUCCCACGGUGUUUAUACUUGCGUACUAUUGUUUGUACAGAUGAACAUGGUACCUUCAGGCAUUUGGAAAUUGCUCCCAAGGAUGAACCAGACUUGUGGAGGUCUACACAUUUUUUUCUGAGGUCUUGGCUGAUUUCUUUUGAUUUUCCCAUGAUGUCAAGCAAAGAGGCACUGAGUUUGAAGGUAUGCCUUGAAAUACAUCCACAGGUACACCUCCAAUGAACUCCAAUGAUGUCAAUUAGCCUAUCAGAAGCUUCUAAAGUCAUUUUCUGGAAUUUUCAAACCUGUUUAAAGGCACAGUCAACUUAGUGUAUGUACACUUCUGACCCACUGGAAUUGUGAUACAGUGAAUUAUAAGUGAAGUAAUCUGUCUGUAAACAAUUGUUGGAAAAAUUACUUGUGUCAUGCACAAAGUAGAUGUCCUAACCGACUUUCCAAAACUAUAGUUUGGUAACAAGAAAUUUGUGGAGUGGUUGAAAAACGAGUUUUAAUGACUCCAACCUAAGUGUAUGUAAACUUCCGACUUCAACUGUAUAUAUUUACAACCCCAGUCUGUCUCCCAGAGAUGAGUAAGAGCAUUAGCUUCCAUAGUUCAAAACAAUUAGUUGAUGUCAUCCUCAUGAUCCCAAGAUGCCCCAGGCUAGAGCACCAACCCACUAAACAUCACCAGUGUAAAGUCACACAGGAACCAUUCUGAUAGGACUUUAUCAUGAGGAACCCAGGGUCGGGUCAAGAACUAGGGAGAGAACGUUUUGAAACGGGGAGGUAGCAACUACCUGAAUGUGCACUAUAAGAAUACAUUUUUGUAUUCCGUUGCAAAACGUUUUUCUACGGCGUGCCCUACUGAACAAGACCCAUGGUACAUAUGUGGGUUUUUGGAGAAACUAUAUUGUUGACUAGUAGUCUACCUUCUGCCAUGUUUGGUAAGCUGCCAGUGUCCUGACCAGGAAGAGCCCAUUUGGCUAAUGGGUUUCCAGUCGAUCCUCAUCCCUCCUCAUGCCGUUUAGGAAAUUCCUGUGUGCCCUCUGGAAGCGCUAGCAGAUGUUCAGGCAGCCAGGUAGUCUCUCUGGUCUUCCAGCCGGCUCUAGCAGUUAGCCUGGCGAUGAGGUUAGGGCCCUGGUAGAUUACUCUAUGGCCCACCCACCCUCUACACUUCUCCACUAGCGAGGGAUAGAGUUGGUGAUGUAAGCCAGAGGACGGCGAGGGCAGAAACGGCGGCGUCUGAGGUAAGCCAGAUGAGAAGAGGAGACUCAUGUUGAAGCUCUGGUUCUGCAGUCUGCACUGUUAGGGGGUGACGAGAGAGGAGAUGAGGGUUAAAGGGGGGAGGGGAACUUCCUGCACCCAACCAUAACCUUCAGCUCACACUCUGCCAACAGUCUGAGAGGCUUCAUAUUAAUCAUACAUACGUACUACCAAGACCCAUCUUAACCACAAUUGAAUUGUGGGGAGGUUGGUUUGGAUCGAGUACUCAAUGCUGUUUUAGGUGGUGAUGGUUUAGGCGGGCCUUUAGAUAAUGGUUUAGUUGUCUUGGUCAUGUCUUGUGUUUUAUGCUGGUGACAGGGAAUCAAGAAUGAAGUUGAUUAUUUUCACAUACUAUUCAUAAAGCAUCUCAGAUUAGGAGUAACAUUACAUGGACAGUGGGGACCUGAUCCUAGAUCAGCACUCCUACUCUGACACACUUUAUGAAUACGGGCCCUGGUCCUUUUGUUUUUCAGGAGCUCUGGAUCACAUUGUGGUGUCCAUGGCAGACGGCAAGUUCCCACUGAACCAGCUGGGUCAGAUCUCCAUGAAGUCCCCUCAGCUCAUCAUGAUCAACAUGACCGGCUUCCCAGAGGUGAGCUCACUCACUCAGUCAGUCAGUCAGACAGACACACACACACACACACACACACACACAGUCACACACACACACACACACACACACACACACACACACACACACAGUCACACACACACACACACACACACAGUCUCACACACACACACACACACACACACACACACACACACACACACACACACACACACACACACGCACACGUUCUGUAUGAACCACACUCUAGGCUGAUGGCAAUACAUUGUGAAAUUGGCACGUCAUUUUAGAAACCUGGACUGAAAUCUCCUACUCUUGUCUCAGCCAGUGCAUGGAAGGUUGAGCAGUGUCAAGUGUCGACACGCAAGAACACACGCACAACAUCCAUCGAGCUCUCUCUCCCUCACGUUCUCUCUCUCCAUCUCUCUCUCCCUCACGUUCUCUCUCUCCCUCUCCAUCUCUCUCUCCCCCUCCUUUCUCCUUCUUCUGAAACUUGAGUCGGUUAGUGAUCGAUGGUUCAGGGAAGCUCUUUGUUCUGGGAUAAGAUUGAAACAAAUGCCAAGACUCCGUGGUCAGCUGUCAUCAGCAGGAAGUGACCGCGCUUUGCCCUCUGGGAAGGAGGAGAGCUAACUGCUCUCUCUCCCCCUCCCUUUCUCACAGACACAAUCUACACACACACUGAAAGGGAACAACUCUCGCUCACCCCUCUCUUUCCCUCCUCUUCUCUUCUCCCUGUGUUGUUUCUCUCUUUCCCCAAGUCUUUUUCUCCCUCCAGCAUCCUAUGUUGUUAAUGAGGGUUGUCCCUGUCUAAUUCUAGGAUCAGUUUUAAAGGGAGGUUGAUGCUUUUUGGCCUUGCUCAGAUCCAUUUAGUACUGCGGAGUACUUUUCCUUCAACAUGAGCAGCUGAACCUGGAACUUAGUACUCUAAGUCACCAUAGGUGAUCAUAGCUUUUAGAUACACAGAUUUCUUUCUGCUUCAUUUCUAAACUCACAUGGAUAAGCAUAUUGUCAUUAUCAAUUAAACUGAUAUUGAAUCAGUUCAACAGAGUUCAACCUGUAAAAGGAGAGAGUUAGAGACAUUUUGUGGCACAGAUAUCAUCAGCUUGAAGUACAUCUUAACAUCCCACCUCCCCCUUCUCUCUGAUAAUUCCAGCAUCAGAUCAGAACUCCAGCCCCUCCGGCAGGUUACUAACCUCCCAUUACCUAAUAGUCUAACAGUCCAUUACUAACCUCCCAUUACCUAACAGUCUAACAGCCCAUUACUAACCUCCCAUUACCUAACAGUCUAACAGCCCAUAGGGCGGCAGGUAGCUUAGUGGUUAAGAGCGUUGUGCCAGUAACCGAAAGGUCGCUGGUUCUAAUCCCCGAGCCGACUAGGUGAAAUCUGUCGAUGUGCCCUUGAGCAAGGCACUUAACCCUAAUUGCUCCUGUAAGUCGCUCUGGAUAAGAGCGUCUGCUAAAUGACUAAAAUGUAAAUGUAAAAUGUACUAACCCCAUCACCUCCCAUUACCUAACAGUCUAACAGUCCAUUACUAACCUCCCAUUACCUAACAGUCUAACAGUCCAUUACUAACCUCCCAUUACCUAACAGUCUAACAGUCCAUUACUAACCUCCCAUUACCUAACAGUCUAACAGUCCAUUACUAACCUCCCAUUACCUAACAGUCUAACAGCCCAUUACUAACCUCCCAUUAUCUAACAGUCCAUUACUAACCUCCCAUUACCUAACAGUCUAACAGUCCAUUACUAACCUCCCAUUAUCUAACAGUCCAUUACUAACCUCCCAUUACCUAACAGUCUAACAGUCCAUUACUAACCUCCCAUUACCUAACAGUCUAACAGUCCAUUACUAACCUCCCAUUACCUAACAGUCUAACAGUCCAUUACUAACCUCCCAUUACCUAACAGUCUAACAGUCCAUUACUAACCUCCCAUUACCUAACAGUCUAACAGUCCAUUACUAACCUCCCAUUACCUAACAGUCUAACAGCCCAUUACUAACCUCCCAUUACCUAACAGUCCAUUACUAACCUCCCAUUACCUAACAGUCUAACAGUCCAUUACUAACCUCCCAUUACCUAGCAGUCUAACAGCCCAUUACUAACCUCCCAUUAUCUAACAGUCCAUUACUAACCUCCCAUUAUCUAACAGUCCAUUACUAACCUCCCAUUACCUAACAGUCUAACAGUCCAUUACUAACCUCCCAUUACCUAACAGUCUAACAGUCCAUUACUAACCUCCCAUUACCUAACAGUCUAACAGUCCAUUACUAACCUCCCCAUUACCUAACAGUCUAACAGCCCAUUAACUAACCUCCCAUUAUCUAACAGUCUAACAGUCCAUUACUACCUCCCAUUACCUAACAGUCCUAACAGCCCAUUACUAACCUCCCAUUAUCUAACAGUCUAACAGCCCAUUACUAACCUCCCAUUACCUAACAGUCUAACAGUCCAUUACUAACCUCCCAUUAUCUAACAGUCCAUUACUAACCUCCCAUUACCUACAGUCUAACAGCCAUUACUAACCUCCCAUUACCUAACAGUCUAACAGUCCCAUUACUAACCUCCCAUUAAUCUAACAGUUACUCCAUACUAACAGUCCAUUACUAACCUCCCAUUACCUAACAGUCUAACAGCCAUUACUAACCUCCCAUUACCUAACAGUCUAACAGUCCAUUACUAAACCUCCCAUUAUCCCUAACAGUCCAGCCAUUACUAACCUCCCAUUACCUAACAGUCUAACAGUCCAUUACUAACCUCCCAUUACCUAACAGUCUAACAGUCCAUUACUAACCUCCCAUUAUCUAACAGUCCAUUACUAACCUCCCAUUACCUAACAGUCUAACAGUCCAUUACUAACCUCCCAUUACCUAACAGUCUAACAGUCCAUUACUAACCUCCCAUUACCUAACAGUCCUCUAACCAGUCCAUUACUAACCUCCCAUUACCUAACAGUCUAACAGUCCAUUACUAACCCCCCUAUUACCUAACAGUCCAUUACUACCUCCCAUUACCUACAGUCUAACAGUUCCAUUACUAACCUCCCAUUACCUAACAGUCUAACAGUCCAUUACUAACCUCCCAUUACCUAACAGUCUAACAGUCCAUUACUAACCUCCCAUUACCUAACAGUCUAACAGUCCAUUACUAACCUCCCAUUACCUAACAGUCUAACAGCCCAUUACUAACCUCCCAUUAAUCUAACAUCUAACAGCCCAUUACUAACCUCCCAUUACCUAACAGUCUAAACAGUCCCAUUACUAACCUCCCAUUACCUAACAGUCUAACAGUCCAUUACUAACCUCCCAUUACUAACAGUCUAAACAGUCCAUUACUAACCCUCCCAUUACCUAACAGUCUAACAGUCCAUUACUAACCUCCCAUUACCUAACAGUCUAACAGUCCAUUACUAACCUCCCAUUACUAACAGUCUAACAGUCCAUUACUAACCUCCCAUUACCUAACAGUCUAACAGUCCAUUACUAACCUCCCAUUACCUAACAGUCUAACAGCCCAUUACUAACCUCCCAUUAUCUAACAGUCUAACAGUCCAUUACUAACCUCCCAUUACCUAACAGUCUAACAGUCCAUUACUAACCUCCCAUUACCUAACAGUCUAACAGUCCAUUACUAACCUCCCAUUACCUAACAGUCUAACAGUCCAUUACUAACCUCCUAUUACCUAACAGUCUAACAGUCCAUUACUAACCUCCCAUUACCUAACAGUCUAACAGCCCAUUACUAACCUCCCAUUAUCUAACAGUCCAUUACUAACCUCCCAUUACCUAACAGUCUAACAGUCCAUUACUAACCUCCCAUUACCUAACAGUCUAACAGUCCAUUACUAACCUCCCAUUACCUAACAGUCUAACAGUCCAUUACUAACCUCCCAUUACCUAACAGUCUAACAGCCCAUUACUAACCUCCCAUUAUCUAACAGUCCAUUACUAACCUCCCAUUACCUAACAGUCUAACAGUCCAUUACUAACCUCCCAUUAUCUAACAGUCCAUUACUAACCUCCCAUUACCUAACAGUCUAACAGCCCAUUACUAACCUCCCAUUACCUAACAGUCUAACAGCCCAUAGGGCGGCAGGUAGCUUAGUGGUUAAGAGCGUUGUGCCAGUAACCGAAAGGUCGCUGGUUCUAAUCCCCGAGCCGACUAGGUGAAAUCUGUCGAUGUGCCCUUGAGCAAGGCACUUAACCCUAAUUGCUCCUGUAAGUCGCUCUGGAUAAGAGCGUCUGCUAAAUGACUAAAAUGUAAAUGUAAAAUGUACUAACCUCCCAUUACCUAACAGUCUAACAGUCCAUUACUAACCUCCCAUUACCUAACAGUCUAACAGUCCAUUACUAACCUCCCAUUACCUAACAGUCUAACAGUCCAUUACUAACCUCCCAUUACCUAACAGUCUAACAGUCCAUUACUAACCUCCCAUUACCUAACAGUCUAACAGUCCAUUACUAACCUCCCAUUACCUAACAGUCUAACAGCCCAUUACUAACCUCCCAUUAUCUAACAGUCCAUUACUAACCUCCCAUUACCUAACAGCCUAACAGUCCAUUACUAACCUCCCAUUACCUAACAGUCUAACAGUCCAUUACUAACCUCCCAUUACCUAACAGUCUAACAGUCCAUUACUAACCUCCCAUUACCUAACAGUCUAACAGUCCAUUACUAACCUCCCAUUACCUAACAGUCUAACAGCCCAUUACUAACCUCCCAUUAUCUAACAGUCUAACAGCCCAUUACUAACCUCCCAUUACCUAACAGUCUAACAGUCCAUUACUAACCUCCCAUUAUCUAACAGUCCAUUACUAACCUCCCAUUACCUAACAGUCUAACAGUCCAUUACUAACCUCCCAUUACCUAACAGUCUAACAGUCCAUUACUAACCUUCCAUUACCUAACAGUCUAACAGUCCAUUACUAACCUCCCAUUACCUAACAGUCUAACAGCCCAUUACUAACCUCCCAUUAUCUAACAGUCUAACAGUCCAUUACUAACCUCCCAUUACCUAACAGUCUAACAGCCCAUUACUAACCUCCCAUUACCUAACAGUCUAACAGUCCAUUACUAACCUCCCAUUAUCUAACAGUCCAUUACUAACCUCCCAUUACCUAACAGUCUAACAGUCCAUUACUAACCUCCCAUUACCUAACAGUCUAACAGCCCAUUACUAACCUCCCAUUAUCUAACAGUCCAUUACUAACCUCCCAUUACCUAACAGUCUAACAGUCCAUUACUAACCUCCCAUUACCUAACAGUCUAACAGUCCAUUACUAACCUCCCAUUACCUAACAGUCUAACAGUCCAUUACUAACCUCCCAUUACCUAACAGUCUAACAGUCCAUUACUAACCUUCCAUUACCUAACAGUCUAACAGUCCAUUACUAACCUCCCAUUACCUAAUAGUCUAACAGUCCAUUACUAACCUCCCAUUACCUAACAGUCUAACAGUCCAUUACUAACCUCCCAUUACCUAACAGUCUAACAGCCCAUUACUAACCUCCCAUUACCUAACAGUCUAACAGUCCAUUACUAACCUCCCAUUAUCUAACAGUCCAUUACUAACCUCCCAUUACCUAACAGUCUAACAGUCCAUUACUAACCUCCCAUUAGCUAACAGUCUAACAGUCCAUUACUAACCUCCCAUUACCUAACAGUCUAACAGCCCAUUACUAACCUCCCAUUAUCUAACAGUCCAUUACUAACCUCCCAUUACCUAACAGUCUAACAGUCCAUUACUAACCUCCCAUUACCUAACAGUCUAACAGUCCAUUACUAACCUCCCAUUACCUAACAGUCUAACAGUCCAUUACUAACCUCCCAUUACCUAACAGUCUAACAGCCCAUUACUAACCUCCCAUUAUCUAACAGUCUAACAGUCCAUUACUAACCUCCCAUUACCUAACAGUCUAACAGUCCAUUACUAACCUCCCAUUACCUAACAGUCUAACAGCCCAUUACUAACCUCCCAUUAUCUAACAGUCUAACAGUCCAUUACUAACCUCCCAUUACCUAACAGUCUAACAGUCCAUUACUAACCUCCCAUUACCUAACAGUCUAACAGUCCAUUACUAACCUCCCAUUACCUAACAGUCUAACAGUCCAUUACUAACCUCCUAUUACCUAACAGUCUAACAGUCCAUUACUAACCUCCCAUUACCUAACAGUCUAACAGUCCAUUACUAACCUCCCAUUACCUAACAGUCUAACAGCCCAUUACUAACCUCCCAUUAUCUAACAGUCCAUUACUAACCUCCCAUUACCUAACAGUCUAACAGUCCUGCUAAGGCAACACAGGGGUGACUGCACAGCACCCAGAGCAAAUAGGAUUCUAAUUAUUCACAUCAAUUACCCAUGUUCCUAACGAGAGGCCAUUGUUUUCCAGUCAUUCAGUACAGCAUUACAAUGUUACUGCAAACCCCCCAGUGGGUGUUGUGUAGUGGCAAUGGCAGCAUUAAUUAAACCACUUGGAUCUUAAGGAAGACGAGAAGGGUAUGGAAAGUGUGUGUGUGUGUGUGUGUGUGGUAUCCUCAACAUCAUUAACAAGGUGUUUUCUUUAGCUCUUUUCGUUCCUCUCGGCUGGGCUGUGGCUUUGAACUGGCUGUGUUUAUUCAGAAACCUCUGUGUAAUUGCACUAUUUUUAACAUAUUAACCAGAACAUGCCUGGUGUUUACAGAGCUAGCCAGAACAGAGCACAGCAUUCCCCCACUUUUCCCUAACGGCUAGAGCUGUGGGAAAUAAUGAUGAAUUCAAUGUUGAGAACAAUCAAACAUAGGUAUGGGAUGGCUCUCUGGAGUUACUAGUAAAUACAUCUCACUGCCAAUUAUUUCCCCCAGAAACCUGCUCUCUUCUCACAUCACACAUUCGCACCUUUUUAACAUUUGGACUGAAGCAAUUGUCAUGUUGCAGCAGCAGAGAUUUGUGAAUGUGUGAUAUACAGUAACUCUCUCUAGUACCAAUGGGGUUUGGUCCAUUUCAUUAUGUACUAUUUGGAGUUCCUGUCUGAACUUUCUCGCUCAGUGGUCAUAUCUGGUGAUAUUGAGAUCUUAGUGCUGAGUUUCAAACUGGUUCUCAGUGUUGAACCUGAACUCGGUGUGCUCAGCGUUAGCUUGUUGUUCCCACACGGAACAACAAGCUAACUACUGUCUGUUAGUUAGUCUAAACAGGCUCCAUGUAUCAAAUCAAAUCACAUUUUAUUUGCCACAUGCGGCGAAUACAACAUUACAGUGAAAUGCUUACUUAAAAGCCCUUAACCAACAAUGCAGUUAAGAAAAAAAUUAAGAGCUAAUAAUUAAAGAGCAGCAGUCAAAUAAAAUAACAGUAGGGAGGCUAUAUACAGGGGGGUACCGGUAAGUCGAGGUAAUUGAGGUAAUAUGUACAUGUGGGUAUAGUUAAAGUGACUAUGCAUAAAUAAUAAACAGAGUAGCAGCAGCGUAAAAGAGGGGGUUGGGGUGGGGUGGGGUGGGGGGGGGGCAAUGCAAAUAGUCCAGGUAGCCAUGAUUAGCUGUUCAGGAGUCUUAUGGCUUGGGGGUAGAACAGUCUAUGACUAGGGUGGCUGGAGUCUUUGAUAAUUUUUAGGGCCUUCCUCUGACACCGCCUGGUAUAGAGGUCCUGGAUGGCAGGAAGCUUGGCCCCAGUGAUGUACUGGGCUGUACGCACUACCCUCUGUAGUGCCUUGCGGUCAGAGGCCAAGCAGUUGCCAUACCAGGCGGUGAUGCAACCAGUCAGGAUGCUCACGACGGUGCAGCUGUAUAACUUUUUGAGGAUCUGAGGACCCAUGCCAAAUCUUUUCAGUCUCCUGAGGGGGAAUAGGCUUUGUCGUGCCCUCUUCACGACUGUCCUGGUGUGUUUGGACCAUGAUAGUUUGUUGGUGAUGUGGACACAAAGGAACUUGAAGCUCUCAACCUGUUCCACUACAGCCCGUCGAUGAGAAUGGGGGCGUGCUCAGUCCUCUUUUUUUUUUCCUGUAGUCCACAAUCAUCUCCUUUGUCUUGAUCACGUUGAGGGAGAGGUUGUUAUCCUGGCACCACACGGCCAGGUCUCUGACCUCCUCCCUAUAGGCUGUCUCAUCAUUGUCGGUGGUCAGGCCUACCACUGUUGUGUCGUCGGCAAACUUAAUGAUGGUGUUGGAGUCGUGCCUGGCCAUGCAGUCAUGGGUGAACAGGGAGUACAGGAGGGGACUGAGCACGCACCCCUGAGGGGCCCCCGUGUUGAGGAUCAGCGUGGCAGAUGUGUUGUUACCUACCCUUACUACCUGGGGGCGGCCUGUCAGGAAGUCCAGGAUCCAGUUGCAAAGGGAGGUGUUUAGUCCCAGGGUCCUUAGCUUAGUGAGGAGCUUUGAGGGCACUAUGGUGUUGUGCAGUAGCAAUGGCAUCAUUGAAGGUCCUACAUGUACUGGAGGCUUCACAGGCCCUCUCGGACUCUCUCCCUCAGGCACCUCUCCUCUCCUCUCUGUCUUCCCUGUCUCGGACUCUCCCUCAGGCACCUCUCCUCUCCUCUCUGUAUUCUCUGACUCUCCCUCAGGCACCUCUCCUCUCUGUCUUCCCUGUCUCUGACUCUCUCCCUCAGGCACCUCUCCUCUCCUCUCUGUCUUCCCUGUCUCGGACUCUCCCUCAGGCACCUCUCCUCUCUGUAUUCUCUGACUCUCCUUCAGGCACCUCUCCUCUCUGUCUUCCCUGUCUCUGACUCUCCUUCAGGCACCUCUCCUCUCCCACCACCACAGACAAAUCACAUAUCCAGAUUACAGCCUAUUCAUUAAUUGUCUUUUGGAGUUCAACCACCAUUAGAGUUAACAUACAUCUCCUAGAUAAAGAUACUCUGUUGUCUACCAGACCGUUAGGUUCAGAAAAGGUGCUGGAUAAAAUAUAUACAAUAGUGAAAAAAUACUUUACACAGAAUCUCCUUCUCUAAUGCAUAGUGAGUACCAGGCCAGGUCCCACCCACGUUCCCAGGAGACCCCGUUCUGACAGCGCCCCGCGGCACUUCCACACUGCAUGUGCUUCCCCACCACCCCCCCUAACACACACACCCUAGCCCCCCCAAUCCCCUCUACCAGAGAUGCUACACAGUUCACCCAGCUCGCCAUGGAUCAAAGCCAGCGUGACCAAGGACAGCCGGUGUCUGCAGUGAGAGUACUACUGCCCCAGUCCCAGCUGGCAGUCAUUAGGAAUAGGUCUAAUGUGUGUUUGAUGUGUCCUCAGGCCAUGGCUGCUGCCACCCGCGCCCUGCGAGAGAGCAGUAUGAAACUCAACCCUGAGGUGGACGGCACCAUCAUCAGGGUGCCCAUUCCCAAGUGAGUCAACCAGGCUGAGCCAGAACACUCUUUCUACUUCCGUAUCUCUCUCGUUCUCUGAGUCUUUCACUAUUCACUCUCACUCUUGUUCUUCCUCUCUCUCUCUCUCUGAUCCAUCACUCUCUGUGUUUUAUCCUUUCUCCCCAUCUCUCUUUAUAUUUAAUCCUUUCCUACUUUUUCACUUUACAGUAAUUAAUUCUCUUGUCAAUCUCUUCCCUGACCUUCCGUCUCCUUUUAAAGCGUGUUUCUAGGUGUUUCUGACAUAUUUAUUUUACUAUUUCACCCAACUAUAGCAGUUAGAAAACACCAACCUUGGUCAGAAGUCUUCAGUUCUCUGACCAACUCUGCUCCCUGCCAAAUCAAAUAGCUUGAUGUGCAGCCGUCACUCGCUUAACCACAAAAAUAUGUGGGUACGUCACAAAUGGCACCCUACUCCCUAUGUAGUGCUCUACUUUUGACCAGGGCCCUGUAGUGAAUACGUUGCCAUUUGGGAUGCAGCCUGUGUGAUUAAUAAGUAUGCCCAGCAGCAGGUGCUUGUCUGGCAGCGCAGGAUAGGGGGACGGACAGACGGACGGACUCCUUCUUCCUCUGCAAUCAGUCUCAGCACGCAACUCCAUUUGCAUUUCCAAAGAGAGCGAGUGUCUUGAUUGGCCCAGAAUCAGUAAUUUAUUGUUUGCAGUAAAUAGACACCACUCUUGGAUUGUUUGCAAAUAGUCCCAGGCAAAAUACCAAUUACAGAAAAUAAAAAACAAAGUUGUUGACUGCUCUGUGACCGUGCUAAGUUUAUUUUUGUGGCACAGAGAGCCAGGCAUUUAGCCAGGUAUUGUUUUAAGGAAUUUAAUGCGUUGGGCAUUAUAAUGAGUUGUGCAUACUUUCUCCCAUACUCUCUCUAUUAAACAGUGUGUGUGUGCGUGCGACUGUGUGUGUAUGUGCGUGCGUCUGUGUGUGUGUGUGCGUGCGACUGUGUGUGUGUGUGUGCGUGCGACUGUGUGUGUGUGUGCAUGCUCAUGACACUGUGUUAAUGUGUCCAUGCAGGGUGACGCGUGAGCACAGGGAGAACCUGGCUAAGCUAGCUAAGCAGUUCGGUAACAAGGCCAAGGAGUCUCUGAGGAGGGUGAGGUCCAACGCUGUCACUCAGGUGAAGAAGGCCAAGGAGACUGUCUCCGAGGACACCAUCCGAUUGGUGGAGAAACAGGUACUGAGACAGAGAUACCUCAACCUGUCCUGUCAGAGGACAGAAAUACAAUGGUUAUAAUAGUCAGAAGGCUACGAACGUUCAGAUGAAUCCUUUCUGUUUUUGUGUAACCACAUUGCAUCGUUUUACAGUAUUUGUAUAAUAAUAAUAAUAGUAAUAGUUGUCUAAUAAGAAUAGCUCUCUUCUCUACUCUCUCAGGUCGGGCAGAUGGCAGACAGCUUUGCAGCAGAUGUGGACAAGCAGCUGACUACCAAGACAAAAGAGCUGCUGGGGUGACGACAACUAACAGCACCACACCUUUAUUUUUGAUACUGUCGUGUUUGCAACAGUUCCUCCUGCGUAUAUGACUGAACACGAUACUGAACACAAUACUGAACACGAUACUGAACACUAGUUGAUGAUAGAGAAUUGAUGGAGAUGUCAUACUGUGCUGUAGGUUCGUUUGGCGCUCGCUGGGGGCUUGUUUGUGUGUUCCACUCAUGCGUAAACAGAAGUUGGCAUCGCACGACAGUGGCUGCUGGGUUUCUCAUUCACUCUCGUCUUCAAACAAACAGAGGGGAGAAAUUGACUUUUAAUGGCAUCUGGGAGCCUCCUCCUAAUCAAACUGAUGCUACAGAGAGCUGUGUUUAUGUAGAAAGCACCACACUCAAUGUAAACUGUGUGUUUAUUCUGGUCUGAGACACCGAGACAAUCUCCCAGAGGACAGGAAGAAUAGAGAUAUUAACGUGGUGCCAACAGCCAGCAUUUGUUUCAAAUUCAGCCUUAAAGGGAUAGUUCAGCGAUUUUACGCGUUACAUUUUUGUUUCCUUACACUUGGACAUAGAGUGACUGCAAUCCACACUUAUUUUUUGUUGUUGUAAAACUAGCCACUGCCAACAAAUGCUAAUAUUUCAAGGUAAGGAAACAAAUAUCAAGGUGUAGGUCUGAUGUGUCCUCAGGCCGUGGCUGCUGCCAGAGAGCAGUAUGAAACUCCAACUCCAAUCUAAAAAGGAAAAAUCACUGAACUAACCCUUUAACGCCACUACAAACUCACCGGAUCGUUCCGUCAGUUUGUUGUGGAUUAAUCCUACAGCGACCAAUGCAAACACAAUAAAGUGGGCACUACCCUUAUUUAUGAGCGCCAUUAACUGAAACACUGCUUUGUACGUCAUCUCUCUUACGUUUUUUCUUCUUUGCCUUUUAUGUGAGUCAAUGUUAGAUUUCCUUCAUUAGUUCGUGAUAAUGGUCUACUUUCUUCCUGUGUACUAAACCAUAAUGUAUCACACCAUUAUGGUCAUUCAUCUAUUAGGCAUGGUUUUAAUAUGGUGGUUUGCUUGGCCCAACCCUGAGAUGCUGCACGCACACACACACAGAUGGUCAUUGGAUAAACAACGGUUUAGAGGAGGAGUGCACAGACGAGGGACCUGUCAGUGUUUCUAGUGAAUCUGGGUCCAUAUGUCAGCAAUUUGGGGGCAUUGUGUACCUUGGCCCAAAACAGAGGCUCAUGAUCGAUGGAGGAGUGAAAAUCUCAAGUCCCUGGCCCCGAACGCAGCUCUGGAAAUUGCUUUCAGCUGAAUACUUUCAUUUCAUUUGACAUUUAUCAACUGAAUUACUGUUCCUCUGCUCGCAGCCUCGCUCCGUUUACUACCGCUGUCAUGGAAUAGAGAGGGACUGCAAGGAGAGAGCAAAUUUGUUUUCUUGUGCCUCUGGUAAAAAUGUACAAGUCUAAGUUGGCUCAGAAAACUUUUGAAUUGACAGUGUUAGUGCACUCCACUUGGACACCAACAUCUGGCUGGGAGGAUAAAGUAAGGAGAGGUACUGUAACUACCUGGCUGUAGUCCCUGUAGUGAUUUGAUGUUACAGUUCCUUGCUUCAACUGAAAUAAGUCUCUCAGGGGCCUUGUCUUCUUCGAGCCACCCGACGAUCUCAUCAAGAAUCCAAUCAGUGAUGAUGUAGAAUACACCUCUAGUGUGAUGGGAAGACUUUCAGUCAGGCAGUUUGUGUCAUAGGGGAAGAUUCACUGCAUAUGUUAAUCAGACUGGAAAUUAUCACAGAUUUGAUGUUCAGAAAGCUGUUAGGAGGAAGGGGGGCUAAAUUGUAGGGGGAACAGAGGGGGAGACCCUUGUUUCAUGAGCUAGGUGGAGACUGAAACAAUAGGCUCUGUACAGUUUCUGAUCCGUAAUUUAUAUUUGGUGAUGGUGUUCGAAAUAUAGUGAACAAAAAUAUAAACG